AUGUUAUACUUCUCUUUCUACGACCUGUACCUCACCAAUCACAUGUACAACUUCAAUGCGGGCGUUCUGCUUCAAUUGUUCGACAGGAUCUUCCAGAAAAACCGAAAUGUAAGUUUUUCGUUUUGCUCGGACACGUUUCGUCGUAUACAAGCGCUUGCAGGCUGCAAGGUUUUUUAUGUUCCCAAAUCUCUGUAAAAUAAAUCUAGAUCAUGGAGGGUGUAAUUAGCAUGAUGUCUCAGUGAAUAUCAAGUCGUGAGCUUCUAAAUUUUAGGCGUCGACCGAUGUCCAAGCCAAGCUUGAAAUUAUCUAUCAAGAAUUGGUCAAAAGCACCUUUUACUAUGUCUCCCGAGCUCUGUACAAACAGGAUCGUCUGGCAUUUGCUCUACGGUUUGUGAAGGUCGUUCACGAUAAACUGUUCGAUGACAAGGUAAAGGUUUCGAACUGUUAUUUCUGUUUUUAGAUGUUGUAUUAGGUACCAGCGAAGAAUAAGGCUAAGACAGCCGUCUUUGAUAGGUGUGUUACCUAAAUUCAUGCCUAAGAUUUCCUCUUGCAGGAGUGGAACUUUUUCUGCGGCAACCUGGUGGAUGAAGCGGUCUCGGACACUGGAUCUGCACCUUCUUGGCUGUCCGAAGAGGUUCAACAACAAGUCGCGAAAUUACGAGCUUAUCUUCCCAGUCUCUACUCACAGUUGGGUUUGGAAGAUCGAUCUUCAUGGACAAACUUUCUGCAGAACAAUAGUAGCCAGCUUCCGGGGCAUAUUGAUCAGAAGCUCUCAAAUUUCCAGAAGGUUCUUGUGAUCUCAAUCUUGAAACCGGAGAAUGCAACCACCGCAAUGACGUCAUUUGUUACGCGGAGUCUGCAAGUGCCGUCGAUUAAUCACCGUCCAAUGAGCUCAUGGAGGUUGUUCCAACCGAAUCUUUGCCACCUAAUCGGCCGAUAUUGCUGAUCCUCGGAACUGGUGCUGAUCCCAGUCAAGAGAUCCGAGAUGCAGCUGAGAAAGUGUUGAAGGAUCCAAGGAGGCUUCAUGAACUUGCCAUAGGGAACCGACGUCAGAACGAAGCGGUCGAAUUGAUGAGGAAUGCAAUGGAAAAGGGGGAAUGGGUGUACUUGAAUAAUGUCCAUUUACUGCCAGAUUUCUUGCUCAGAAUUCACUCAGUAAGUUUUAUUUUUAAAUGUUAUUUCUUUCUAAGUUUAGGUCACUAAAAACACAUCUAUUUUCGACUACCUUUGAAGCGAAAUUUAUAUUGUACUUGAUAUUAAAAUCAAUAAUUUUGACUUCAGGAGUUACACAGCAAAUCUCCGAAUCCGGCCUUCCGUCUAUGGCUGAGUGCAGAGCCAGACAACCAGUUCCCAGCGGUUCCAUUGCAAGACGCACUCAAGAUUGCGUACGAAACGCCUCCGGGAAUCAAGCACAAUGUUAGCGGGACUUUGAAACAAUGGAUUGAGUUGGAAGGAAAUAGUGGGAAAUCGGAGUUGGAACUGAAGACUCAAUUCUUGUUGGCGUGGUUCCACGCUAUCAUCCAAGAAAGGAGGACGUAUAUUCCACAGGUAAAGUUAUGUUAUCCAUGAUAAGAUUUUUUUGAAAUUUAGGGAUGGCUAAAGUUUUACGAGUUCAAUUCGAACGACUUGAGGGUUGCCAGACAGGUCCUUGAUGCGAUGGGUUCAAAGAAUGGUGAGUUCUUUGCGUAAUUUUUAUAUUUUUAUUGUUUAGGUUAUAAUUGGGAAGCGAUUCGCGGAUUUAUGGAAGAUGCGAUAUAUGGGGGAAGAAUUGAGAAUCAACUCGACAUUGGCGUACUGUCAGCCUACUUGGACAAGUUUUUGAGCCAAAAAAUGGUGACGAGUAGAGAUGGGGAACUGGAUUCAAAUCUUAGAAUGCCCGAGGCUAAAUCAAUGAACGAAUGGCUAGAUUUUGUCCAGAAUAAGGUGAGGAAUGCCAUACGAGUUUAGUAAUAGUGCUACCAUCCGUAUGUAGCUGCAUAUUACGGUGUUGUGCGCUAGGGAAAGGCUUGACCCAUUGAGGGAAAGUCUUGACUCAGGUCUGGAAAACGAUGUAAUUGGUAUCAGAAAUGUCUCGAGGAUGAAUUACAGCCUUUUUCAGAUACCAGAAGUGGACAAACCAUCGCUGUUUGGCCUUCCCGAGAAUCUUGGAGCGACUUAUGAACUGGAACAAAGUCGACAAACAAUAAAUGCUCUCAGGUUAAUGCAGAAAUAUAGCCGAUCAUCGACAUUUGAGGCCUUCAGUCAGUGGGCAAAGAAACUUCAACCAGUUCUGGCAUUUUGGAAGCGGCUUCAUCAACAGAAUGACCUUCUUCAGGCAGAAUUGAGGGAUUCCGACUCGACUGACCCAAUUAUUGAUAUGCUAAACACCGAGAUGCACUUUGGAAUUGGACUGGUAAGUAGUUGGAGGCCAUUAGAAUUCGAAAUUUAGGUGAUAAUUUUGCUAGAUCAUUGUUUUUUAAAUUUUUGUACCAAAUUUAUUUUGUUUUAGGUAAAACAAAAUCCAUUCGACCUUGACCAACAUCCGGAAAGGUCUUGCCGGCAAGCUUGCCCCCACUGCCAAGACAGUUCAAGCCGCGAAGACACUGUUGGACCAACAAACCCCGGUGGAUUGGGAUCUAAUCUGGCCGGGACCCGAGGAUUGUUACCAGUACAUGGAGAAGGUGUGCGAUAAGGCCAGAAAGGUCAAGAAGUUGAGCACCUCAAUAAGUGGACAGGAUCUGCUCAACGAACCUAUAGAUUUGGAUCACCUUUUCCGGCCGACAGCCUUACUAAAUGCCCUUAGGCAAUAUAGUGCAAGGUGGGUGGAAAAUCGAGGAAAUUAUGGGGAUUACGGCAGUUUUUGGGCAGUUUCUGGAGUGGAAAGUGUUGUAAAUUUGAAGAAGAGAGUUUUUUAGUUGAGCUAGAGCUGUUACGGUAGUUUUAAAAUAAAAAAAUUUAUUUUUUUUGUUGAUUUAGUCUACUACAAUAUAAAAUUUUUUUUCAGACACCUAAACGUUGGCGUGGACAGACUCCAAUUCGCCACUGGCUUGUCCAAAAUACAGUCCAGAGCCCCCUCGAUGCAGAUUGGCCAACUAAAAAUUCAGGGCGCCGUUCUGGGAGGAGGCCAUUUAAUGGCUGUGGACCAGAAUUCUGCAGCGAUUUCUUCGGCUCCGGUCAUAGAUGUGGCGUGGAUUGGAAUGGUAGGAUCAGUUUUGGGGUGUGGGGGAUGUUUUCGACAAGAUUGGACGAUUUUUUUUUUUUAGGAUGAACCCGAGCCAUAUCGUCAAGAAGAAAGCGCCGAAAUCCCAUUGUUUGUGGCCUCAAACCGAACGGAAUUCGUAUGCCAAGUGAAAGUCCCGUGCUCCCAAGGCCAAAGAGAUCAGUGGGUCCUGGCGGCGGUUGCGUUAUUUACCCGGAUUUGA